UCUUCUGUCUAUGGUCUUGUAGUUCGGACGACAGGGGCAAACGCGCUGCAACCAGUCUAUGACCGCCACCGUUUGAAAGUGAGCCGGUGGAUCUGUUAUAUGGUUUAUGUAUUCACAAUGCCUGCAAUUCAGAGCUUAACGAUGACUUACGACGCGUUAAAUGAGUACGGGACGUUUUCAGAGGGAGACACCCUCACUGGAAAAGUAACGCUGGCCUUGUUAAAGGACACCCCAGUUGAAAGCCUGUUUGUUAAAGCUAAAGGAGACGCUGAUGUACGUUGGACGAAAAAGGUCGGCGAUCGCAACCAUACAUACUCUGCACACAAGCGAUAUUUCAAGAUGAAGCAGUUUUUAAUCCCAGAGAACUCCAAUGAAACUUUAGUUCCCCAAGGAACCCAUGUCUAUAAAUUCAGCUUUACCAUACCACCAGGAAGCAGCCCUUCAUCCUUCAAGGGGAGUCAUGGAAAGAUUGUCUACAAGCUGGAAGCCAAGUUGUCCAGGAGCUGGAGGAUUAACCGUACAGUAGAAACAGACAUACAUUUUGUCUCCAAGGCUUUUCCAAACCUUAAUUCUCUGAUGUCACGCCAAGUUGGUUCAACAAAGAAAGACAUGGGGCUUUUCUCAAAAGGACAUGCACACAUGGAUGUCAUACUUGACAAGAAGGCCUAUGCCCAAGGUGAAACAAUGGUGAUUAUGGCAAAAAUCGACAAUUCCUCAUCCAGUGAGAUGAUACCCAAAUUCAGUUUAAUCAAGGAUGUGGUGUACCGUGCCAAUGGCCAUACCAAUCAUGAGAGCAACGUUAUCCACAAAGUGGUAGACAACUGUAUUAAAUCUCGAACACAGAGGGAUGUCAGGUGUGCAAUCAAGAUUCCUUGUGAUCUGAUGCCAACAAUUCAGAAUUGUGAUAUUAUCUCAGUGGAAUACCAUUUAAAGGCGUAUCUGGACAUCAGCUUUGCUUUCGAUCCAGAGGUCAUUUUCCCAGUGGUCAUUAUUCCUCAAGACUUAACGCCUGGCCCUCAGCCUGGUGGUACUAUGGGUCCCUAUCCAGCUGGGGCUAUUGGGGGCCCGAGUAUGAACGACUUCCCUCCCCCUGCGGUGUCUAUGGGUCCUUAUCCUGUAUCCACACACUCAGGCAGUUAUGGUUACCCAGGAGCCCAAUGGUCCUCGGCACCACCACCAGUGCACCCAGAUAACCCACCGGCGUAUCCUGGUCCCCCAGGUGUGUACCCUGCUCAGCCGGCACACAUUAAUGGGGGUUACAAUAACCCAGUGCCACCGCUGGCUGCGCUGUAUGGAUCUCCAUUUUCUUCUUCAUCAUCGUCUUCUGUGCUUCACCCUCCACCUACUGCCCCAACAUUUCAACCACCCCCACCUGCCCCAGAGAUCCACCCAUCUCCCCCUCCUCCUCAAGCCUUCAACCUAUCCCCAACUGCUCCGACAUACACCCUGUUGCCUUCUGCAGCAAUGAUGAACACAGAUUUCUUGUCUCAAUCGGAUGAAGCCCCUCCAGCAUAUUCACUCCUUUUCCCAUCUUCUGCUUCUGACAAAUCUGUUGCAAAAUGAUAGAAUGUAUGCAUUGCUUGAUGACUGAAUCGGUUUAUGAAUUAAGAUGUAAAAUACUAAUGCUAAGGAUAGUUUGGAAUCCAUUCACCUAUACUGUGUCUUUAACACUUUAUAUUAAAAGUGUGAAUUUGAAAUAUUAAUGGAACUAGUGCCAUGUUUACUGUAACUAUGUAAAUUAAAAUAGGACUUUUGCAUUGUAUGGGAUGGCUCUGUUCUGGUCAGUUUAGGUUGCUUAUCGGCUUGUCUAGCUGCUAACAUAUCUUACUUGACUAUCUUAAUCAAACCUUAACCACCAGGAUACACGGUGUAGCCCAUGUUUUGUAGGAAAAGGUGAUUUAUAGACCUGCAUUAUGUUGAACUCUUAAAUCUCUGGACUCAGUCUAUCAUUCUGCCUUGAAAUUCACAACCAGUCAUGUCUAUGGCACACAUCAUGUAUUUUAUAUGUAAGUAUUGGGUGGUCUUCUCUCCAAGAAAGACGUGAUACACACUGCUAUCUCUUUAUCUAUAAGGCUUGAAUUGGAAAACUGCCAUCUUGCCUUACAUAACUUCUCUGUUACUCAGAGGGACAAUAUUUCCCCUUGCGGGACUAAUGAAGUAUAC